CACCCCUUCUUCUCUCUCAUUUCCCCACAACAAACCACCACCCACCACCCACCGCCGCCACAUUCACACCACGCGCCGCCGCUUCCAAUUUCCCCGGAGACCCACCCUUUGCAUGGCAGUGAGCUUUCUGGCGCGCGAUGUAUCGGACCUCUGCCUUGGGAAGCCGCCGCUGAGGUCGCUCUCCGCCGCCGCCACCGUCGCCGACGCCUUGGCCGCGCUCAAGAGCUCCGACCACGAGACCCACGUCAGCUUGUGGAGCUUCUGCGAGAACAAGAACGAGGUUCGUUGCGUUGGGAAACUGUGCAUGGUCGAUGUUAUUUGCUACCUUUGCAGAGAGGACAAUCUCUUGUCUCCUUCUAAAGCUCUCAAAGAACCACUUUCUUCAAUUCUCCCUAAGGAUCAAUCUCUCGUUGUGCAUCUUCAACCUUCUUCUAGCUUGUUUGAAGCUAUUGAUCUUAUCCUCCAAGGUGCACAGAAUCUUGUGGUGCCAAUAUUGCCAACAAAGAGGAGUGGAGUUUCAAGAAGGAAACAGCAGCAGCAUCAGAAGGCAUCAUCAACAAUCAACAGCCAUAGUAGUUGUGAAUUCUGUUGGUUGACUCAAGAGGAUGUGAUUAGGUUCCUUCUUGGUUCCAUUGGGGUCUUCACUCCACUCCCUGCUUUGUCUAUCGACUCUCUUGGAAUCAUUAGCUCUGAUGUGCUUGCCAUUGACUACUACUCCCCUGCAUCUUCUGCAGUUGGAGCCAUCUCAAAGUCCCUCACCCAGCAAACUUCUGUUGCCAUUGUGGACAGUGAUGGCACUUUCAUUGGGGAGAUAUCACCCUUCACCCUCGCUUGCUGCGAUGAGACGGUCGCGGCCGCCAUUGCCACCUUGUCCGCGGGGGACCUGAUGGCCUACAUUGAUUGCGGAGGCCCUCCCGAGGAUCUUGUGAGACUGGUCAAGGCGAGGCUGAAGGAGAAGAAUUUGGAGAAGAUGCUGCAGGAGUUUACAAUUUUGUCCUCUUGCGAGAGUUCGCAAUCAACAUCCUCCGAUGAGGAGUUGCCAACAAGGACACCGGCUAGGUCUGGAAGGUUGGCAAGGUCAUCUAGCUACUCGGCUCGGAUGGUGAGGAAGGCUGAGGCUAUAGUGUGUCAUCCCAAGAGCUCCCUUGUUGCUGUGAUGAUCCAGGCCAUUGCUCAUAGAGUGAACUACUUGUGGGUCAUUGAGGAUGAUUGUAGCUUAGUUGGCAUUGUCACUUUUUCUAAUAUGUUGAAGGUGUUCAGAGAACAUUUAGAGACUAUUUAGAUUAUUGGCUUUGGAUGCUGCUGGUGAGAAGCAAGAACACCAAGGUCUAUGAACAUGGCCCUUCUUUUGUUAUGAGUAUUGCAAUGUGGCCCGGGAGGUUUGGUUUUUGUUGUUCUUUAUUUCUGUGUGCUUCCCUUCUAAUAAGAGAACUCCCUUCAACGCAAUUCUUUGUAGAGGACCAAUUUUUCCUGCCUCAGUUUGUUUGAAAGAACUUAAAAUGUUCCCAUGUCCAAUGAGACUGUUUUGUAUUGCAACGAGAUUUGUGCAACCAUUUUGGCUUCAGAUUUUUGUGGUUAAGGUUGAAACUUGAAAGAACUUAGUUUGUUUCAGCAGUUUAUUUUGUAGCUAUUGACUUCUAUUAACAAUGUUUUUUUCUAAA